AUGACAAAAAGAUCGUGGAACGAUGCGAACCAGGGAGAUCCUGAACACUCCAUUCGAUGGAAUCCCAAUCCUGCGAGCUUCUCUCCCCUGCCCAAUCCACCUACGAGCGAGCAAGCCAUGGCUAUGAACCACGCCGAUCCAGCCCAGAUCCCGCCUCUCCCGAACAUAUCGCGUAAAGUCAAGGCAUGCGCUGCCUGUCGAAAACAAAAGAUGGUCUGCUUUAUGCACGCGUCGGUUCGAUGCUUCAUGGAUAAGAGCGGUCCUCCAUGCAAGCGAUGCGCCGAAAAGGUUCUGUCUUGUGUCCUCAACAAGAGUCUACAAACUCUCAUCAAUGAGCGCGUACCGCAGACGAACGCGUUGAUACACGACCUAGAGGUUGUCUCGACAAGCGUCCAGCACAUUCUGAAGACCCUGAAUCUUCCAAGUAUGCCACAGCUCGAGAGCUCCAGGUUUAUUGCGCCUUCUCCAGUCUCAGGGGAGCAGGGUGACUCAAAUCACCUCCCGGAUAUUGGCCCAUCAUGCGACAACUCACCAGAUCUCUCGCCCCAAGAUGAAGAAAAUCUCCCCCGCAUACCAAUGCAUUCCGUAUACCAUCUCACCAAAUUAAGUGCUCUGCGAUCCCCCGAAGCCGAUAUAGACGCAUCGCCGGGAAAGUCGAUUCAUGCAGGGCCACACGCCGACUUCAUUUCUCAAGGGAUGAUCUCCCUGAAGGAUGCAGAGAUGCUCUUCCACCUCUACACGGAUCGCGUCGACCAUUUUGCGUACGGAGUUGGCGCAAGAUACAAAACGUUGGAGGCUCUGCGGUGCAAUAGUGCGGUUCUCACAGCAGCCAUCCUCACUGUUGCUGCCAUGCAUGAUCCUAAAGCCAACAGUCUCUACCCCACCUGCGACCGUGAAUUCAAGCGUCUGAUGACCGAGUCUCUGUUUGAUCGACACGUCGAUCGUGAUCACCUUCGCGCCUUGUGCGUUGCCUCGUACUGGCUCCACGAUUCCUCCUGGACAUUAACCGGUAUCGCAUCUCGGCGUGCAGCGGCGAUGAACAUUGGUAGUCACCUGGAAACACUACGCAAGAAAAACGACGAAGACGCUGCCGAUUUCAUUCGGAUCUGGUUUUUGAUAUACAUAUGUGAUCAGCAUCUCUCGACCUUGUACUGUCGGCAGGGUGAGAUGAGAGAGGACCGGGCCAUUGAGCACGCGGAAUGGCUUGUCGAAUCAUCUACGGUGACUAUCGGUGACCAGCGGCUGGUAAGUCAAGUCACCCUCUUGACCAUCAUUCACAAGAUUCGUGCUCUCUUUGGCACCGAUUCUGGGAAACCAAUCCCCACCGUCUUCGCCUCGCAUAUAAGCUCCUUCUCUCGCCAGCUCGAUCAGUGGGUCGGCCGCUGGUCAACGACCUUUCCAGAGGUUCAAGAGGGUUUCGGUACGUUCCCCAGAAAGGGGUGCGUUUUCCACUACCAGCCCGCUAAGCUCUAUUUGCUAUCACAUGUUUUUCAUGGACUGGGGUGUUCUCCCAUCCCGACCGAGUUUCUGGAAGCAGCUCAUGGUGCCACUGCCGCUGCCAUGGCUAUCUUGAACAUUGUAAUCACCGAGCCCGUCGUGCGUGAAGCCCUCGUCGGGUUGCCGUGCUAUGUUCAAUCCAUGAUCGGAUUUGCCUGCAUGUUUCUCAUGAAGCUCAUAACCAACUACGGAAACCAAUUGGUAGAUAGAAAUGAGUUUAUAGAUAUUCUUUCCCGGCUUGUUGCGGCGUAUCAAGCCACUCCCGUCAACUCAUGGCAUCUGGUACAUCACAUGGGAAAUGGGCUUGAGAGGAUGCUUCGUGCUCUUCAACAACAGCCUUCCAACACAACCAUUGAUCCUGCGGCAUCUGACAUCAACCUCCAUCGGCAGGCCAAUCUCGACCUGGACUUUAGUCUUGCCGAGUUAGGCUCCAUGGAUAUGUCGAUGGUGAAUACCGAAGCCUUAUUCUUAAUGAGUGGUUCGAUGGAUAUGGGAGUAAUGGGGGGGUGA